UUUGCAGCUGGUGCGCCGCUUUAGAAUAUAGAUGUGUUGUAGGUAGAAGAAUUUAAAGUUGACUUUGUCGUUUGAUGAAUUUUAAGACAAUACUAUAAAUUAUGAUCAGGUAAAGUACAUGGUUGUAAAGUUGGUCAACUGCAAAUGUUUACGUUUGUUUACUUGGCGAUGGGCCAAAUAUUUGCUGUUGUAAAAUUUGAUUGGUCAGAUGUUUGACUGACAGGUACGUCGAUAAUUGGGUUACUCCGCCUAUUUACAUUGAAGCUGAAAGAUGGCGACGAAUAUUCCACAUCGUGUGAAUUUAUCCGUGCUAUUCUACGGAGGUUUAGAUAAAUCUACAUGUGCAAAAUUAUUGAUGGAUUAUUUAUUGAAGAAAAUGUGACAGGUGAUGUGCAUAUGUGUUGGGACUCAGGGAAGUGGAAUAUUUAACUGCGUAUUUGGGGCGUGUAAAGAUAUCCAAGGGCAGACUUGUGUGAAAACUUGUGUAAUAUAUCGGUGUAAUGUCAUCUUGACUGGUCAGUGCGUACACACACCAAAAUGUAAUCUAAAGGAACGUAUUUCGUUGUUGUAACCGCUCUACCUCAUGAGUUUUAUGUGUCAAUGGCCAGUAUAUCAGAUCAGAUAGGGGACUUGGGUGAGCUUGGGGCAUGUCCAAUAUGUCGUAGAAUAUAUCAGGAUCCCAGAGUUCUUCCAUGUUUACAUUCUUUUUGUAAAAGAUGUUUAGAAAGGUACCAUCAGGAAAAUGGGUCAUCAGAAACGUUAAAAUGUCCGUCAUGCCACCAAGAAGCGUCAUUAAAUUCCGGUGGGAUAGAAGGUAUCCCGUCAAGCAUAUUCAUUUCAAACAUUUUGGAUGUGAUGGUAUCACAGGACGACUAUGAGAAUGGUGAACUAGAAAAUGACCAUCAGAACCACUGGUGUAAUUCAUGUGAUGAAGGAAGCCGUGCAACGUCUGUUUGUAAAAAUUGCCAUGAGUACCUCUGUGAAAGUUGUGUGAAAGCACAUCAGCGUGUAAGAUUAACCAAGGACCACUACAUUGAAAGAUUUGGAAAUCACAGAUACAGACCUCAGAAUAUUACGCCAUGUAUGCCCUCUCCAAUAAUUUCUGCUGCCCAAGGUGAUCGUCAGCAAACUCCUUGUUCAAAACAUGAGCAAGAGAUCCUUCGUCUUUAUUGCGAUACUUGUCUAUCCCCUAUCUGUCGAGAAUGCACCAUGACUGAGCAUGUAGGUCAUAGUUUUAUCUACCUCCAAGAUGCCAUCGAUGAUUCUCGCACUGUGACAGUCAAACUGCUUGCAGAUGCGAAAGCUGGCAUGAAAGCUAUUGAAGAAAGUCUACAAGUCACUCAGGGUAUGGCUGAACGUGUCGAAGUUAGAUCUCAGUCUGUUGCCACAGAGAUCCGCAACAUAACAAGGCGUCACAUGCUAGCUUUAGAAGAGAGAGAAAGAGACUUGUUAAGAAGAGUUGAGAAAAUACGACAGGUCAAAGGGAAAUCUCUUCAUAUGCAAAUGGACGACUUAAAACAAGGUUUAAUGUCAUUGAGCAGAACUGUAGAAAAUGUUGAAACUGUGUUAAACACAGGACGUGAAAUUGAUGUCCUGAAAACCAAAGAAAGUAUGGUCAGUGAAAUACAAAAGCUUCGUUCCUUACGUGGACAUUUACAACCUCAUGAAGACGACAAUAUUUUGUUCACACCACCAGAUGCAGCCCUUCAUGUUGCCAUCACAAAGCUUGGCUUUAUUAGCAGUAGUGCUUAUGCAUCAAAUUGUAUUGCUGUUGGAGAUGGUCUUAAAAGAGCCCUGAAAGGGAAAGUAGCCAUAUUUGUCAUACAAGCAAAAGAUCAUUUAGGAGAACAAAGAGUUGUUGGAGGUGACCCAGUUGAGUGUGUCAUACAAAGUCCAGAAGGUGCUCUAUACCGUACAGAGGUCAUUGACAGACAGAAUGGGACAUACAGUGUAACAUACCGACCCCAGAUUGAAGGACAGCAUGCUAUUUCUGUGAUGAUCAAUGGAAAACAUAUACAUGACAGCCCUUUCUCUGUCUCGGUUAGAAGCGGAAGAAAUUACGCUGCUGUUGGGACAAUGAUAACACAGUUUGGUGGAGAAGGUGAAGAAGAGGGGAAGUUGUGUAGGCCAUGGGGAAUCUGUUAUCAUAAAGAAGGGUUUAUUCUUGUUGCUGAUCGUAGCAACAAUAGGGUCCAGGCUUUCAACCCGGACGGUACAUAUCAUCAUCAUUUUGGAUCAGCGGGGACGCGUAACGGACAGUUUGAUCGGCCUGCUGGAGUAGCCACGGAUAGUCAAGGGCGUGUGAUAGUAGCUGAUAAAGAUAAUCAUCGUAUCCAGGUAUUUACAGUCGAGGGAAAUUUCAUAUUGAAAUUUGGUGAAAAAGGGAAUAAAAAUGGUCAGUUUAAUUAUCCAUGGGAUGUAGCUGUUAAUUCAGAAGGCAAAAUUCUUGUGUCAGAUACACGUAAUCAUCGUGUACAGUUAUUUACAUGUGAUGGUUUGUUCAUUAACAAAUAUGGAUUUGACGGUGCUUUGUGGAAGCAUUUUGAUUCACCUCGUGGAGUGUGUUUCAACAAUGAAGGUCAGAUGGUUGUAACAGACUUCAACAACCAUAGGCUUCUUGUAAUUCACCCAGAUUUCCACAAUGCUAGAUUUCUGGGUACAGAGGGAAGUGCGAACGGCCAGUUUUUGCGACCACAGGGCGUCGUAGUUGAUCAAGAAGGCAAUAUUAUAGUUGCCGAUUCACGCAACCAUAGAAUUCAGGUUUUUCAACCAAACGGGAACUUCCUGUGCAAGUUUGGCGCGCCAGGUUCGGGUCCUGGUCAGCUUGAUCGACCUUCAGGUAUAUGUGUAACACCUGAAGGUCAUGUUCUUGUUGUUGAUUUUGGUAAUAAUCGUGUACAAGUAUUUUAAAUGCUUACGCCCUUAUAAAGGGCCAGCUUACUGCCUUGCUCAGGUUCAAACUCAGGUUUACCCUGCGUUAACUCUUGUGAAGCAAAUUGACAUCUGUUCGCCAAAGGCAUAUUUGUUAAAGUCUGCUCAGGGAAAAUAACUUAAAAGUGCACCAGGUUAAUUCCUUUCACCACUUUGGAGAAAAAAAAAUAUAUGACUGUUUAUGCGUGUGUUCUUAUAUAUGUUAAACAUGUUUAGUAUAUUACUAUAAUAAGAUUUUGUAUGUGUCAGUU